AUGGGUCUUUCACCAUUGCAGAAAUGUACAUCUGCUAUUUGUAUGUUGGCGUAUGGGUCUGCUGCUGACAUUGUAGACGAAUAUGUUCGAAUCGGUGAAAGCACUUCAAUUGAGUGCUUACAAAGAUUUGUUCAGGGCGUGAAUGCUGUAUUUGGGGCUGAGUUUUUGAGAAAGCCUAACAACACUGAUGUUGAACAUCUUUUACAAAUGGGAGAGUCACGUGGCUUUCCAAGUAUGUUGGGUUCCAUUGAUUGUAUGCAUUGGGAAUGGAAAAAUUGUCCUGUUGCAUGGAAAGGACAGUUUUGUCGAGGUGAUCAUGGUAAGCCCACAAUCAUGCUUGAAGCAGUGACAUCACAAGACUUAUGGAUUUGGCAUGCUUUUUUUGGUAUUGCAGGUUUAAACAAUGACAUUAAUGUGCUAAACCAAUCCAACGUGUUUAACGAUAUUUUGGAAGGACAUGCUCCCAAUGUGCAAUAUACAAUCAAUGGGACACCAUAUAAUAUGGGGUAUUAUUUAGCAUAUGAUAUAUAUCCUGAGUGGGCUACAUUUGUCAAGACCAUUUCAAUGCCACAGGGAGAAAAGAAAAAGUUAUUUGCUCAACAUCAAGAAUCAACUAGAAAAGAUGUGGAGCGGACAUUUGGAGUGCUUCAAUCUCGAUUUGCAAUUAUACGUGGCCCAACACGUGCCUGGCACAUGGACACCCUCAAGCAUACCAUAUAUGCAUGCAUCAUAUUGCACAACAUGAUUGUUGAAGACGAACGACAUACAUAUGGAGGUAAUUUUGAUUACUCUUAUGAUAAUGUGGAUGACAACAACUCAACAACCAAAACAUUUAGUGGUCCUCAUCCAAAUCUUGCAACAAGACUACAAAGAAGAGCAAGUAUUCGAGAAAAACAAGUUCAUCGUCAACUUCAAGGAGAUUUAGUCGAGUAUAUUUGGAAACGUUUUGGACAUGUAGAUGAUAAAAUUUAA